AUGAAAGGCCUGCUCUGCGGCCUCCUGCUGCUCAGCCUCUUCUCCAGCGUGUCCAGCAGCUGCCAGGGGGACUGUCUGACCUGCCGGGAGAAGCUCCGCACAGCCCGCGACAGCUUCAGCCUAGAGGUGUGCGUCCUCGGGUGUGAAGGGAAGCUCUUCGCCAGCCCCCUCUGGACUCCAUGUGUCAAGGCCAUGGCCAGGGGCACCUGGCAGCUCGGCCCUGUUGACCCAAAGCAGGCGGCCGCUGUCCCGGACCCGCCCAGGGCCUCGGCGACUGAGACGCAGCACCUGAAGCGCCUGCCCCGCGUCCGGAGCCUCGUGCCAGCCCCGGACACAGCCCAGCCCGGAGGGGAGGAGGCCGCCGAGGCGGAGCAGAAGCAGCUGCAGAAGCGGUUCGGGGGCUUCACGGGGGCUCGGAAGUCGGCCCGGAAGCUGGCCAACCAGAAGCGGUUCAGCGAGUUUAUGCGGCAGUACCUGGUCCUGAGCCUGCAGUCCAGCCAGCGCCGGCGCACCCUGCAGCAGAACCGCAGGGCCCAGUGA